AUGCCAAACGUAUUGUAUCGUAUCGAAAAAAAUUCUAUAGUGAGUCGUUUAUAUCGAACAGUUCUUCAACAACCGCGGAUAUUACUUUCACGACGUACUUUCGCUAACAUUGUUGAAAACAAAAAUGAUGAUGCAGCUUCUGUCAAAGAAAUAACUAACGGUUUUGAUGUCGUGAUGCUUCCGGAUUGGCUAUAUAAGCAGGUCUUUCCAGGUCAAACAAAGCGCCCUACAGUGCCACCAGCUCGUGAAAGGGUUGCUAAGCAACAUUUAGAAAAGCAAGGACUCCUCGGCAAAGCUACGGAACCCGUGCCGCAUUUGACGGAAUUCCAAUUACCAAAACUUUGUGGAAAUACAAUCGCAGAACAUUUCUGGAAAAUAGGCGAAGAGCAGGCUCGUCCAAUUCGCGAGAUUGCGUUAAAUUUUUCCAAGAUUGAUUUACCUCAGAGACCGCAAGAACAUGAAUGGUUGUUUCGAGCUAAUUGGACGCGUUAUGUUUCGGGAAAGAAGCCCAAAUCCGUUAAAUUUCCCGAUGAGGAGUUACUAUGUUUCGACACCGAAGUCGCGAUAAAAGAUGAUGCUCAUCAUCCGUUGUUAGCAGUUGCGGCAUCACCGACCGCAUGGUAUUGCUGGAUCUCACCGCGUUUAAUCGAGCAUCGGAAAAUGCUCAAGCUGGAAAAAACAAAACGAAAAAAAAUUAAGAAUGAGGCCACAGAACCCCCGAAAAAACGAAAAAAAGCUUUGGGUUAUUUGAUUCCUAUGGGUAAACGAGAUAAAUAUCGAUUAAUAGUUGGCCAUAAUGUUGGAUAUGACAGGGCAAGAAUAAAGGAGGAAUACAAUGCGAACAUUACGUGUAAUCGCUUUUUAGAUACGAUGGCUCUACACAUAGCCGUCAGUGGUCUCUGCACGCAACAGCGGCCAUCAUGGAUCAAGUUUGAUAAGGCUACUGAGGAGGAAGACAAUGACUAUCUUUUGGAAGCAAAAGACUUUAAGAAGGUUUAUGAUGUCAGCUCUAUGAACAGUCUUGCCAACGUUGCCAAAUUUCAUAGUCAAGUUCAAUUAGACAAAUCUCAGCGAGAUUAUUUUGUAACCGGCUCGUUGGACGAAAUCGCUGAUCCCGAAGUUCUUCCCCAAUUAAUUUCUUAUUGUGCUAGUGAUGUGGAAGCAACGCAUGUUGUCUAUAGAAAAGUCUUUCCACGAUUUCUUGAACUAUGUCCGCACCCAGUGUCCUUUGCGGGUAUCAUUCAUAUGGGUAAUAUGUUUCUAACUACGAGCUCUGACUGGGAUAGGUACAUCAAGGCAGCCGAAAGCGUAUAUCUGGAACAGAGUUCUUUCAUCAAAAAAAGUUUAAUAAAAUUGGCUAAUCAAGCGCUUCGUAAAUGGAAAAAGGAUCCCAAAUCGAUACAGAAAAAUCACUGGUUGAAACAGUUAGACUGGAGCCCUCCCUCGCCUAAGGCAAGAAAACUGGUGAACUAUCCCAAAUGGUAUCGUGAUUGUCAUUGUAAUAAAACGAAUGAAUUGAAUCUUUCGGCCCGAUCUCGAUUUGCUCCAAUACUUUUGGAAUUAAGUUGGAUGGGAUAUCCUAUGUAUCAUUCCAAGAUAUACGGUUGGAUGUUUCGUGUGCCUUCGGAGGACACUGGAUUUAGUACGAAAGCAAAGAAGCUUGUGUUUAAGACUUCGCCUGAUGACGAAGAUUAUGAAGAAAGAUAUGCUACAGAUACUGAAGGUCAUUACUAUAAGAUACCUCAUAAGGACGGAGAUAAUGCACGAUGUGGUUCACCGCUCGCGAAACAUUACAUUAGCGCCUUUGAGAAUAAAAUUCUCUCAUCAGGGUAUCCUGAAGCUAGAGAAGCUCUCUCGAUGAAUGCAGCUUGUUCAUACUGGAUAAGCGCAAGAGAAAGGAUUAAAUCACAGAUGGUAAUCUACGGGAAUCGCGAAGACAUUGAAGAUCUUGGGUUCAAGAUGGCUAAAUGCAAAACUCCUGGUAUGAUUUUGCCGCAAACAUUAACCAUGGGAACAAUUACACGUAGAGCUGUGGAGAAGACCUGGCUGACAGCUAGUAAUGUUAAGAAGAAUCGUAUUGGAUCCGAGUUGAAGGCUAUGAUUCAAGCACCAGUUGGUUACAAAUUUGUCGGUGCAGAUGUUGACUCGGAAGAAUUGUGGAUAGCUAGUCUGAUCGGUGAUUCGUCAUUUAAAUCUCACGGCGCGACUGCCAUGGGAUGGAUGACGCUUCAAGGUACGAAGGCGGCCGGGACAGAUAUGCAUUCGAGGACAGCUAAAAUUUUGGGAAUUUCGCGAGAUCAUGCUAAAAUAUUUAACUACGGCAGAAUAUACGGAGCAGGGCUGAAAUUUGCCAUUCAGUUGCUGCGUCAGUUUAACGAAAAUAUUGCUGAAGAAGAGGCGCAACAACGCGUAGAAGAGCUAUACAGACAGACAAAAGGAUCAAGAUUCUUCACAAAAGGCAAUCAUACGUCGUUUUGGUAUGGUGGUAGUGAAAGUUUUAUGUUUAAUAAUCUGGAAGAUAUUGCCACAGACGAAAAUCCAAAGACACCUGUGCUAAAAUGUUGCAUAACAGAUGCACUAAAAUCUCAGGUGGUGAAAAAUGAGUACAUGACUUCACGCAUCAAUUGGGCUGUCCAGUCAUCUGGAGUUGACUAUCUACAUUUACUCUUAGUUUCUAUGGAAUAUCUCAUCAAAAAGUACGAUAUUAAUGCGCGAUUUAUGCUUUCGGUUCACGAUGAGAUACGUUAUCUUGUGAAUGACAAAGAUGUAUUUCGAACAACACUAGCACUGCAAAUUAGUAAUUUAUGGACUCGAGUUAUGUUUAGCCAUAUGUUGGGAAUACAAGAUUUGCCUCUGUCUGUUGCUUUCUUCUCUAGUAUUGAUAUUGAUCAUGUAUUAAGGAAGGAAGUAGAUAUGGACUGUAAAACUGUUUCUUUUCCGAAAGCCAUUGAGCAAGGAGUGAGCGUAACCAUACAAAAGAUCCUCGAAACAGUAAAUACACUCGGAGGGGAGAAUUCACAGGAUGAAAUUUUACCCAAACUCGAUGAAAAAUCUACAAAGUUUAUAGAGCCGUUACAAUUGAAGAAGGAUGAUUUAACAAGUCUUCGCAUGCAAGCAGCAACGACCGAGGACGAAGUACGUACAGAAUUAUUAGGUUCUAGCAAAUCAAUGCAUUCGCGUGGCAGACCAAAGAAAAGCCAUCCGAAUUCAGAACGUGUAAAUAUGUGUUUUCUUAACUAG